ACCCCCAAAUUGUAAGUAAUUUCACGUUUUUCAUAUCGAUUUCAAUGCAUAUGAACCCUAAUUUCGUUAAUUUCACCACCGAUUCAUCUAUAAUAUCAUGUAAAAUUUAGCCGUUCUGAAUUUCAGCUCAUAAUUACAUUAUUACAUGAUAUAUAUGCAUAUAUGUAUAUCUAUACGAAUUAGGGUUUCGAAGAAGCUGAGGGCUGCUAAUUGUUGCUCAAAUUUAGCCUCCUUAUUUUGAUGUAUUUUGAAUGCAAUGGAGCUACCGGUUUCGUCGGACUGCGGGGUAUAUCCCAGUACUAAUGAUAACCUACUUAAAGACUGCACUUCUGGUGUAACUAUGGCCCCAGCUUCUCAUGAUGUUGCUCCUCAACAGCCAGCAAAACAAACACGACAAUGGGCUGCUUGGACACGUCAAGAGGAGGAACGCUUCUUCACUGCACUCCGGCAAGUUGGCAAGAAUUUUGAGAAGAUAACUCAUCGUGUACAAAGUAAAAAUAAGGAUCAGGUCAGGCAUUAUUACUAUCGACUUGUGAGACGAAUGAACAAGUUGUUGGAUCCAAAAAUUUAUCUCGAUGCCAGUAACUCUAAAGAUACAAAUUCUGCGAUGCUUCGAUGGUGGUCAUUACUGGAGAAGAGCAGUUGCAAAGCCUCUAAGCUUCACUUGAAGCCUAGAAGAUUUAAGAUGUUCCUUGAUGCCCUGGAACAUCAACUUUUAAAGGACCGACGUAAAAAUAUAAGAAAACGACAUGCUCAGGGAGAAGUUUGUCCUACAACAGCUACAGCAACUGUCCUUAGUCAGGGUGUAAACCGUACCAACUGCAAAGGUGAUAUGGUUCCUCUGAAAGCAGUGAGGCAGCGACGAAAGCCAGCUUCAUAUAAAAGGUGGGAAAAGGCUGCCAUUGCCGGUGUCUCGCUAGUUGCUGACGCUGCUGAGCAUCUGGAACGGACUGCACUGGAUGAAAUGACUGAGCAAGUUAGAGGGGGAAAAUGUGCGGAGCCUGUUGGAAAUGUUGUUUCUUCUUCUGCAACUCUGUUGCAGAAUCUUUUCGUUGACAACAGUGCACAAACACCAUCUAAGCUGAAGCUGCAAUUGUUCCCGAUUGAUGAAAGUACUCGAAAAGCAUUGGAAAUGGAUGAUUAUAAUCCACACUUGGAACUCACUUUAAGUACUCGUAAGAGGAUAUCAUCAGUUUUGGAACAUCUAAAUCGCAAGUGGGGAAUGUCAAGCAUAGCUUGUGGAGAAUUAUUGCUCUUACCUUACUGCGCUCAGAAAGAAAACCUGGUCAAUUGUCAGAGAUGGACUCAGGACUCUAUUCUCAGUGCAGCAGAUGUAUAUAAACAGAUUGGUAGCCCUUCAAUAUUUCGCCUAAGGUACUGCUGGCUCUCCAAUGAGCAACAUGAAUUGUUGGCAUGUCAAGCACCUGUAAGCAAUUUCAGUGAACAAAUAGCGAAAAUGAAUGGCCCCCAAAAGAUGAAUAUAGUUCCAGAUUUCACUCCCGAGCAUGUGCCUGGUGAUCCAUUAGACCUUCGUGGAGAUAAAGUAGUCUCAGCUGAGAAGUUUGAUGAUAUGGUUACUUCUAAUCUAGAUGUUGAUGAUGAUAUUGUCGAGUGUAUUGACACAAAUGUUGAUAAGGAUAUUGUCUUUUCUUCUGAAAAUGCUCCUGAUAUAUCUUUACAAAGAGAAAGUUGCAAUUUAGCCAUCACGAAACAAGCUCAGGAGAAGAAUGAGAUGCAGUUACAAACUGGUAAUUUGCUGACUCCGGGGGAUUGGGCUGAUAGUCUAACCAACAUAAGUAUUGGUGAUCUUCUCAACGAGGCAUCUGAUAACAUGGAAACCAAUUAUGUUGGCCCGUCUCAUGCCAGUUGUCAGUACCAGGUCUCAUUCAGUUGUGAUUCUUUUGAUGCUGCAAUUGCUGCCCUUAUGGGUAAAAAUCAAGACAAAGCUAGCUUUCAGCCAACUCUGGAGUCCCAUGCACCUUCCAUUUGGGAUGCUGAAGAAACUUGUGAUGCCUUCUCCUUUAAUAGAAGUUCUGUUUCUCGUGAGAAAGUGUUAGGGGCCUCUACAAAUGAUUCUUCUGAAGCCUGCAGACAGCAGGCUAAAGAAAGCUUGCUGGCAACAGAUAUCGUUGAUAAGGAAUUGUCUGAAAUGAAGGAGUUAGAUAACGAGGCUCAUGGAGACCCAAUGGAUGAGUUUCAGCCUGAUCCAAGUACCAUGGAGAGUUCUGCAAAGGAGGAUUUUACUGGGCUUUCGGAUUUGUGCUGGUCUGAAUCAUUGGCACCCUUAGAUUUGGACAGACCAUGUAAAUACCACAAUGAAGAUCUGAUCUUAAAUGAUAGCAUGAGUGGGUUGAAUCGCCUAAUAGCCAGCAGUCUGGAUGCAUUUCAGAAUUGUUCGUUCUUUGGUUUGGAUAAAAAAGAAUCAGCAUCAACAUCAGCUGGUGAAGCUCGGAAAAGUGCUACUUUUUCGGAUUAUAAAAUCGGUAGUGAAGUAGAGAUAUCAAAAGUUUGAACAUAGAACGUUUGUGUAGUCCCAUAAGAGAUGAGGUACGAGAAAAUCUUGCGUUGUUUUGCAAUGUUUUUCUUCACAAGUCCAUGUCGGCCUGUUACAGAAUCAUGUAUUUACGGAAAGAACAAUAGGCUGAGACUGCAUCGGUAUCAUCGCUCAUGUUAUUUUCUCGGUUUCAUCCUCCUGUAAUUUCUAUAUCAACUAAUUUGUUCAUAUUUUUCUUAUUAA